AUGAGGAUAGUGGUCAAUCUCCAGAUUCCCGAAAAAGAACGAUUGGCGAUAGUUCUUAUCCUAUGGAGAUUCGUUUCUUUAGUUACACAGCAGGAGCUGACGCCGAUGGACGACUAUCGUCUGUAUAGAUUUGGGGAUUACCUGGCGAUGCACAAACGUGUCCCGUCGGCGGGCGAUAUGAUGGUACGAUUCGGCAAAAGGUCCCUCUAG